UCACCAUGUCAGAAGAUACCACCAAGAUCUUGAAAGGGAUCAGGAACAAACAGCGGCGGCAGAAGUUGUACGCCGACUUGAAGCACGAGAAAAAUAAGGCCAAGCAUAAGGCCCGGGCAGAGCGUGCCACUGAGGAGCGUAAUGAUCCCUCUUUGAAAGAGCAGAGACUCGCAGAUAAUGUCCCUGAAACAUUGGAUUCCAAACGAGUCUACGAUGAAACGAUUGUGGAGGAUAUGGAAGGCGAAGACGAGUUCGACGCCUACUUCGCUAGUGACAAGCCCCCCAAGCUCUUGUUGACCACCAGCAAAUAUGCCAAAAAACCCGCCUACGAGUUUGCCGACUUGCUCAUGGAUUUCUUGCCAGACGUCACCUUUGUCAAGAGAAAGCCCCAGUUCAGUAUCAACGACAUGGUAAAAUUUUGUAACAACAGGGAAUAUACCGACUUGGUGAUCUUGAACGAAUUCAACAAGAAAGUAACCGGGUUGACCUUCAUACAUUUACCCGAAGGACCUACUUUCUACUUCUCCAUCACCUCCGUUACCGAAGGUAAGAAAAUCAGGGGUCAUGGCCGGUCCACGGACCACACACCCGAGUUGAUUUUAAACAACUUCAACACUCGUCUUGGGAAAACCGUGGGUAGACUCUUUCAGAGUUUGUUCCCCAAGAAGCCCGAAUUCGAAGGAAGACAAGUCAUUACGUUACACAAUCAGCGAGACUACAUUUUCUUUAGAAGACAUAGGUACUUGUUCAAGAGUGAAGAACGAGUUGGACUCCAGGAAAUAGGGCCCCAAUUCACUCUCAAGCUUCGAAGACUCCAAAAGGGUAUCCGCGACGAGACAGAGUGGGAGUUCCGCCCCGAGAUGGAGAAGGACAAACGCAAGUUCUAUUUGUGAUUGUGGUUCUUAUAGCAUGUUAUGUAUCAUAGACGUUUUAUUUUUGCAGACACCGGAGGCAUCUUCUUUUUGUCCGCCGCGCACUUGUUCCGCCUCAUAAUAAAUAUCACUCAAAUC